AUGCGGAUAACAACAAUUUUGCAUGCUAAACGACACAAUAUCUUAGAGAAGGUAGGCGAAUUAUCUAAGGCAUUUGGAAAUUUCCCGGAUUCAUACGUUAAAAGAGCUUCAGAACAAGUUUAUUGGGAAACACCAAAAGCACCACAAUAUACAAAAGCAGCAAUCGAGAAGAGAAAUUUCAGAUUUACAACAAAUCGACCAUGGACAUCGCAAUUUAGAAUGCAAAAUAUGUCGAAUAUGAAGCGAAAGAAAGUUUUUGUUGAACCAAUUGAAAAUUGGGGCUUCUUUCGAGGAGAUCGUGUGGAAGUCCUUAUUGGAAAGGAUAAAGGAAAACAAGGAAUAGUAAAUCAAGUCGUCCAAGAAAGAAAUUGGGUAAUGGUUGAGGGAUUAAAUUGUCAUUUAAGAAUAGUCGGCAAAGAAAAAGAUUAUCCAGGCGUUGUUAUUAGAUCCGAAGCACCAUUAUUAGUAACAAAUCAAGUUGCUUUAGUUGAUCCAACUGAUCUACAAGCUACAGAAGUGGAAUGGCGAUUCACUGAAGAAGGAGAGAAAGUGAGAGUAUCAAAAAGAACUGGUCGAAUUAUCCCUAUUCCAAAAGCUAAUGAAGAAACUAUGGAUUAUAAAGGAAAGAAGCUCUAUAUGACUAGAGAAAAGGACACAGAUGUUGAUGUAGCACAAGAAAUUUCAUUUAAACCAAAAUUAUGUACAUUCGAAAUGGACAUUAUGGAAUCAAUGGGAAUUGAAGAAGACAGAAUACCCAAGAAGACUUUUUGGUAUUAA